AUGUGGACUGGCAAGUGGUGGACCACUGUGCAGAACAAACUUCCCGCAGGCGCUACGCUGGCGUCGCUGAUCAUCGCAUCGGACAAGACUCAGCUCACGAAUUUCUCGGGUGGAAAAUCAGCGUAUCCUGUGUACCUCACUCUUGGCAACCUUCCUAAGGCGAUUCGACGGAAGCCGAGCAUGCACGCGUGUGUACUCAUCGCCUAUCUUCCCGUCUCCAAGGUUUCGAAAGGUUCCUUGACCCCUCUCAUCGACGCUGGGCUCUCUGGCAUCGAGAUGGUCGGGGGAGAUGGCUAUGUUCGCCGAGUGCAUCCCGUGCUUGCAGCGUACGUGGCAGACUAUCCCGAACAGUGUCUUGUCACCUGCUCGAAGAACGGGACAUGUCCGAAAUGCCAGUGUCCUGCCGACAAG